AUGUCAAUGAAUAUUCUCUAUACAGCUGACAUUAAACAGGCUCUUCUUGCAAAGAGAAAAAUGCUCGAAAUGAAUGCAAAAGCUUCUGUCAAAACCACUAACGAAAAAAUUGAGCAUCUUUGGAAGAUACAGCAAGAAGAAAGGCAGAAUCUUCAUCUCAAGUAUUCUCAGCAGUUUCUGACUUUGCUUUGGGAGUGGGAUACAGACAUGCGGAAAGCCCAGGAACAAGAAGAAAAACUAGCUGGUAUGUUCCAAGAGCAACGAAAGAUUCUUCAACAAGCUAGAGUUGUUCAGAACCAGAGGCUGCAAAAAAUUAAAAAUUUAUAUGAGAAAUUCUUAAAGAGUAUGCAGGACUUAGAGAAGGAGCAUGAACAUCUUCUUGCUGAUGAACAAAGUGAAGUUAGGGAACAAAUGACCAAGUUGCAAAACAAAAUUAUGAUGGAAGCUCAACGGCAAGAGCUGGCAAUUGUUCAAAAGUCUCUUCAUUCCUUGUUGUUCUGA